AUGCAGACCAUUCUGCCGACUGACAUUAACGAUCAAUUUGGCGUUUCAUCUGAAAAUACAAAUCCAAGUGGACUCAUCUCAGACUCAAUGGCGUCCUAUAUGACUCCAACAACCGCUUCGGCGCUGGAUAUCGGCUCUACCUCCAUACCUUCAGGAGACCAUUCAGGGGAACUCUCACAAUCACCUUGGAGCCCCAGCUGGUUCGAUAGACUGCCUCUUCCUGACUCGGCGUUUUCUUUCACUUCGCUGGGAUUCACUAGCGCUCUCAGCCCUAACUUCUUCAAUUCUGAUCAAUCAUCAGCUUGGCGAGGCGGUGCUCUUUCUGAAAUGGACAGCGGCACAAUCCUUACAACCUCGAACGUGGACGGCAGUCCAGGCGUACACACUAUUAUACAAGGCAACACCGACGAUCAGCUUGUUGACAUGGACCGGCAAGAAGACAGUGGGCAAGUGAGCAAGCCCGGAUACAAACCGGCCUUUGCCUUUUCACCACCACUCCUAUCAGACGCCCAGGAAGAGCUGCUUCUUAAAACGUUUGAGUGUGCAAUUCAGCCCCCCGCCUCUCUUGCCAGCAUCCACCCUCUGGGCUGGCCCAAGAUCAAGCGUUAUGUGCUUCAUAUGGCCAACGGCAAGCACACUUCGAUAGAAUACGGAGCCGUCAUGCAUGCCCUUGCAGCUCUCAGUGCCAUGCUCUUUGAGCCUAGUCGACCAGCUGCUUUAGCUGCCUUGGGGAGCCGUGUAUCCACCUGCCGCGAUGACUUUGGCCUGUUGUCUCUACGAUUGCACGAUGUUGCUUGUGUUGCACUCAAAUUGAGCCUCUCACAUGCAGGAUGGGAAGAGCGAAGCAGCCGAGCUCUUCUCGUGGCCAUAUUUUUGCUGGCUUGGUUUGAGACGGCCUACGAUGGCAACGAUCAGGUUCGACCCAGCUUCCCAGAAGAUAUCGCCGAACAAGUUAUUGUCAAUGGUCGGUGUUGGGAUGCCGGUUCCGCGAGCCUUUUCCAGUGGCUGGACUCGUUUGACGCCAAGAUGUCUCAUAUGGGUGGUCGUCAUCUUCUCUCAGAGCCGGCUUUGGAAAUUAUCAGGAAGCCACGCCCUGGGGUUACCGACUCAGCAGGCAUGGAAGUGGCAGAUAGUGAGGCCCUCAGCGAUAUUGACGGGAUGUCUACUGCUACUACCGCUGCCCUAGUGAUGAACAGGAAGGGUGAAAAUGUCAACAUGAAACCUCGCAACGGUGGCUCAAGACUUGCUACGCUAUUAGCAGAGCCGCCAACAAUUCCCAAGAAUGUGGUAUGUAUGGGUGUUUUCAACAUCCUACUCCAGCCAGCCUUUGAGUUUCACAUGGCGUCUCAAGCAUACUCGCGGCGUGUUGGCUGUCACGAUCGCCAUCACCGCCCACGCGGAACCCCUGAAGAUGAGCUGGAAGUGAUGAAGGCAUGUAUGGGUUUUGAGGAAGAAUUGGAGGAACUCUGGCGGCGUCGACCCAGCAUCUUGGACCUUGAUGCCUCACAGUUACGGCUUUUUGUGAGCGAGAACAUUGCCCGCAGACUGGAGCAGCUAUUCAGCGUCUACAUUGCGACCUUUUGGGCUCACUUCAUAUACAUCCACCGUGUAGCAUACUGGACGUUGCAACACACGCCUAUUGCUCUCAAGGCUUUGACGCAGACAGGCAACAUGAUGCGCCGCAGCGUCGGUCAGCCUAUACACCAGCACGCCUUUGACGCGAGCAUCCCACGCACCACCUCUACGGCUAUCCAUCCUGGCUUGAUGUGGGUGUGCUUUUUGUUUGGCUGCGAGGUGACAGAUCCUGUGCAGCAAGAAUGGGCAGUGUUACAGCUGAGAGCUCUUGGUCGGCUCAGCGGCACAACUCAACGACAAGGGACAGCGCUUGACGGCACCGAGGGAGACGGAUUGCCUAUUGGAGGAUUAGAUCAAAAGGGGGCGCAGACGGCCUUCAAGGUGGCACGCCUUCUCGAAGUCAUUAUUGAGCGCCAGACUAAGCUCGGCGCUCGUGUGGAUGGCAAGUACUUGAGCCAGGAGAUCUUUGGCUGCCAUUUCUACAUCAUUUAA